AUGUAUGCAUUCGCGGUCCUCGCUAGUCUCACUCUUACGCUGCUCAACGCUAGUCCUGUGUCCGCGGUGGACGGUGGUUUCACCCUUAUGGACAACACGGACGGGUGCGAUGUGAUCAUGACUACUGCUUGCGGAUGCUCUGCGACUGUCAAUGUUGCCUCGGGGAGUUGCGAGUCGCAAACGCAAUUUCUCUCAAUCUAUAGCGUCUGCGAGGCUGGGGACUCGUUCUUCAUAGGUUUUGAUCAAGAAAGCUUAUAUCCUGUGACGUAUGAGAAUGCGGAUGGAUCAUGUGUUGUUGGCUGUGACUUCGAGAGCAAAAAUAGCGGGUACUACUGCUCGGGUCAGGCAGACUGA